AUGAAAGAUAGAAUGAAAAAACUAAGUGGAGGGAAGAAAAAAACUCUUAAAAGCAGCCCCAAUUCUCUAAUUCUAAUCAAAACCAACCAAACCGAAAAAGUAAAAAAAAUUUUAGAAAAAGAAAAGGUUGAUUAUGAAAUUUACAGUUCGGAAGUCAAUUUAAAAGCCAAGACUUCCCCCAGAAGUAAGAGUGUUAAAGAAUUAAUAAAUUCUCUCGACCGAGCCCGCAUAAA